UUGCCAUUUCUUCUCCCGAAAAAUGAAACUUUGGACAUCACCCUGGGUGUCUUGCCUGGUGAUUCUCAUCUUGUGUUUUGGAUCAGAGUGCGGGAUAGUCCGGAAAAAGGGGAGAUCCAAGAGGGAGUUGGUGCGCAUUAGGGAGGCAAAAGCCACCAUCCCAGGGGCUUGUGCCACACGUCUGCCCCGGGGCAAACGCUCUUUACCCGGCUUGGAGCGACGGGUGCUUCGGCAGCGCCGGCGCUCCUCUCAAGCGGAGGGAAACUCACCAGACCGAGGGAAAGCUGUCUAUUUUACCGGCAGGGGAGAUCAGCUACGGCUGAAGCCUGGCGUGGAGAUACCCAGAGGCAAUUUCACUCUGGAGAUGUGGAUCAAACCGGAGGGAGGUCAACGAUCGCCUACAGUGAUUGCAGGCCUAUACGACAAAUGCUUUUAUGCCUCCAGUGACCGAGGCUGGCUACUUGGCAUCCACGCGUAUUGUUAAUACCACGACCGUGAUCCCCGGUUCUUCUUCUCCCUUAAAACUGACCGUGCCCACAAAGUGACCUCAAUCCACGCUAAUGCUCAUUAUAUACCAAACCAAUGGGCACAUGUUGCAAUCACAUAUGAUGGUGUGUACAUGAAGCUCUUUGUCAAUGGGGCCCAGGUCGCCGUUAGUCGAGAGCAAUCGGGCGAUGUCUUCAGUCAUUUGACCCAAAAAUGCAAAGUGCUGAUGAUUGGGGGCAAUGCACUAAAUCAUAAUUACAGGGGAGCAGUGGAAAGGGUGGGUCUAUGGAGGGAGGCCCGGGGGCAGAAACAUAUCAUCAGGGAUAUGCAAGGCCAUGAGGACCCCCAAGAUCUACCUCAGCUGGUCAUUCGUGAAACAUUUGAGCACCCUGGCCGUAAGUGGCUGACUGUAAAAGAUGGCAGUUUCCCUCAGCCUGAGCACAGAGGAGGUGGAAGGUCGGGGCUUGUGGGUGGUGGUGGAAUUGGACAUGCUGAGGGACUACUAGACACGACCCUGGAGCCUCCAGCUUGUGGUCAAACUGUCUGCGACAAUGUUCAGGUCAUUAAAAACUACAACCAGCUUUGGACCUUCCGUCGGCCUAAGAAAGUUCGAUAUCGUGUCAUAAAUAUUUGGAAUGAUGCGAGGACAAGGCCAACUGUAUCAGACCACCAGAUCAUUCUGCAGCACCAGCAGCUUAAUGACGCCUUUAGCCCCUAUAACAUCACCUGGGAGCUCAGCGUUCACAAUGUGACCAACUCCUCCCUACGUAACCGUCUGAUUUUAGCUAAUUGUGAUAUAAGCAAAAUUGGCGAUGACACAUGUGAUCCAGAAUGCAACCAUCCCCUGACAGGAUUUGAUGCAGGCGACUGCACGUAUGGACAUCGAAACCGCUGCCCUGAACACAAGCAGGGUAAUGGUAUAUGUGACCCUGAAUGUAACUCGGAUAACUUGUUCUAUGAUCUUGGCGACUGUUGUAACCCCAAUGUGACAGACGUGACCAAGACAUGCUUCAACCGCUCCUCUCCACACAAAGCCUAUUUAGAUGUGAAAGAGCUUAAAGAGAUUUUGCAGUUGGAUGGUUCAACUCACCUGAAUGUCUUCUUUGCCAAUUCUUCUGAUGAAGAUCUGGCGGGGGUUGCCACGUGGCCCUGGGACAAAGAGGCUCUCACACAUUUGGGUGGAAUUGUGCUAAAUCCUUCCUUCUAUGGCACAUUUGGUCACACUGACACAAUGGUCCAUGAAAUUGGUCAUAGCCUCGGCCUUUACCAUGUGUUUCGUGGUGUAUCUGAGACUGAGUCAUGCAAUGAUGCAUGUUUGGAAACUGAGCCCUCAAUGGAGACUGGAGACUUGUGUGCAGAUACCAACCCCACUUCCAAAUCCAAAGGCUGUGGCGAUCCCGAACCAGGCAACGAAACUUGUGGCAUCCAUCACUUUACUCACACACCUUAUAGAAAUUACAUGAGUUAUGCAGAUGAUUCUUGUACGGACUCUUUCACAAUGAACCAGGUAGCUAGGAUGCAUUGCUAUCUGGACCUCAUCUAUCAGACUUGGCAACCAGCUUCCAAACCUCCUUUGGUGCCGAUGGCCCCACAAGUGGUUGAGCAGCAUCAUAAUUCCAUCAGCCUGGAAUGGUUUCCACCAAUUUCUGGACACUUUUAUGACAGAGAAGUGGGAUCAGUGUGCGACAGAUGCACUGAAGGGAGAGUCCUACUACAGUAUGCAUCAAACUCUUCUUCUCCACGACCAUGUGCUCCUUCUGGUCACUGGUCCCCUCGAGAGGCUGAAGGUCCUCCUGAUGUGGAGCAGGCUUGUGAGCCAAGUGUGCGUACCUGGAGCCCUAAUUCGGGAAUCGAGCACGGUGUUGUUGGCCUGUCAGAAUGCCCUUCACAAGGCUGCAUGCUUCAGUUAGAGUUCACCUACCCACUGGUACCUGACUCCUUGACCGUGUGGGUCACAUUCCUUAGUCAUGAGGAAAGGGCACUGCCUGCAAUCCAUAACAUCUUGCUACUGACCCUCAGUGGGAACAACAUUUCAUUGGGUCCCAGUAAUGUUUUCUGUGAUACGCCACUGACUCUGAAGCUGAACAUUGAGGAAGAGGUGUAUGGGGUACAGUUUUACACCAUGGAGCAACAUCUGGAGAUCGACGCCACUCUUUUGACAUCCAAACCAGACUGUAAACUUUGCAGCCAUUGCCAGCCUUUACACUACCGCCUGUUGCGCCAGCCAACCUUCACACAUGCACCCAAUGGCCUGCUGCUGAAUGAACCUACUCGCAGAUAUACAGACAGGGAUGUGGUACCACAUGUUAUGUAUACAUACCAGGUGCAAACAAUCUCCAUUCGGAGUGAGAGUGAGCCCUCACCACCUCUGGUGCAUGAACUUGGGGCACCCUAUUGUGGGGAUGGACGCAUUCAAAGUUCCAAAGGAGAGGAAUGUGAUGAUAUGAACUCUAUGAAUGGGGAUGGCUGUUCUAGUCAGUGCAAAAAAGAGCCCUUCUUCAACUGUCUUGAGGAGCCAAGCAUGUGCUACUACUACGACGGUGAUGGAGUAUGUGAGGAUUUUGAGCAACAGACAGGUGUGAGAGACUGUGGCCUCUACACCCCCAAUGGUUUCCUGGACCAGUGGGCUUCCUCUGUUGAAGUUUCCCAUGAAGAAAAGCCCUACUGUUCUGGUGAAGUGGCUGCUGGAUAUCCCGCUGUUACUAAGACAUGUCAGUCCAAGGUGUUUGAUCUGUCCGAUGGAGUGUCACAGUAUGCGUGGUUCCCCUGUCGUGGGGCUGAUUUAACCUGGGCAUAUUCUACAUACUGGCUUAAGGCCCACUUUUCUCAUCCCAUGGUGGCAGCAGCAGUAAUUAUACACUUGGCUGCUGAUGGGACUGGCUUCAUUGAUCAAACACAAUGUAAUAUUACUGUUCAGCUGGUGGACACCAAAGAGGGUAUCCAUAGUCUAGGUGAGUGGCGUCUGAGCUGCCGCACUAACCCUUUGGUGAUCCCAGUGAGUCAUGACCUAUCAGUGGCCUUUUACCACACCAAGGCUAUCCUGGUUAUAUUUUCUUCUCACCUCGUGGCCAUCUCUGGUGUAGCCCUGCGUUCCUUCCAGUCUUUUGACCCCAUCACAAUAAGUGGCUGCCAAAGCAACGAGAUCUACAAUCCCACAGGACAAAGUUGUGUACAUUAUUCGUGCGAGGCCAUUGACUGCCAGGAACCCCUGAUCCGCAAUGCAGAGCUAAAGUGCAGUAGCCCUGGCCACCACUUCUACAAUGGAGAUCGCUGCACCAUCUCCUGCAACUCUGGAUAUGUCCUGCAAGUCCACCAGGACGAUGACAUCAUCAAGAGUCAGUCAGAGACUUCAGUGACAAUAACUUGUGCAAAUGGGAAGUGGAACAAACAGGUAUCAUGUGAGCCUGUGGACUGUGGUCUGCCAGACAAAUACCAUGUUCAUCCUGCCCUUUUCAGCUUCCCCGAGGGCACUACCUAUGGCAAAAAGAGCACCUUUCAGUGUCGAGAACCUGCCCAGCUUAUGGGUACAAACAACACGCUCACCUGCCUAGAGGAUGGUCUAUGGUCCUUCCCAGAGGCUCUCUGUGAGCUUCGAUGUCCAGCCCCUCCUCCUGUACCCAAUGCUGUGCUGCAGACAAAACGUUGCAACCAGUCAGACUUAAAAGUUGGCACGCUCUGCAAGUACAAGUGCAGGCCAGGCUACCAUGUUACCAACAAACCCAAGAGACGUGCAUUUAAGCGCCAGUGCACAGAGGAUGGCACCUGGCUGGAGGGAUCAUGCGAGCCAGUGACUUGUGAUCCCCCACCUCCAAUUUUCCACGGCUCCUAUCAUUGUACUGAUGGCUUUCGCUUUGACAGUGUCUGCAGACUCAACUGUUCCGAUCCUGCUGGUAAUACUGCUAUUGCCGGCACAGGAGGCUCUGCCCAUACGGGUGCAGGGUCCAAUGUGAUCCGCUGUCGUAAAGAUGGAAAUUGGACAGGGUCAUUCCGCCUAUGCCCACUUAGCAAAGGCCAGUGUUCUUUACCUCAAAACCUCCAUUAUAGCCUGCAAUACUCAUGCAAACGAGGACACGGCAUAGGUGAGGAGUGUGAGCUGACAUGCAGAGAGGGAAACAACGAUGUCGUGAUCCUCCCUCUCAAUAUGACCGUAGAAAAUGUAAUGAAAGAGCAUUGGAGAAAUCCGCCUAAGGUGAAGAAUAUUAUCUGUACAAUGGGGCUGAAAUGGUAUCCACACCCUGAAUUGCUCCACUGCAUCAAAGGAUGUGAGCCAUUCAUGGGAGACAACUACUGUGAUUCAGUAAACAACAGAGCCUUCUGUAACUAUGAUGGAGGAGACUGCUGCCAAUCGACCGUCAAGACUAAAAAGGUGAUUCCAUUUCCAAUGUCCUGUGACUUACGGGAUGAGUGCUCCUGUCGGGAUCCCAAUGCUAUAGAGAACAGAAAGGGUGAGCAUGAUCAUUCCCUGGGGUGACCAACCUUAGCAGGGACCCUUUGUUCAACAACUUAGGACCCUUUCCCCAACACCACACAGCCAAAGUGGCUGAGGCAGACUCUCCUUCAUCCUCUUCUUGGCCUUCGAUUUCCUGCACAUGCUGCUUAAAAGGCAUACCUCUCCAUCCAUACUGCAACCCCAACCUGCUGAAAUGCCUCCACCUCUACACCACAGAAGGAUAUAGAGAAGAAGAUGGGACUCCAUAAAAACUUCAUUUUUCAGCUUAAAGCAAAGUAACUGUUCCAAUACAUUAAAUCAUUAAAAUACAAAUUAAGCAAAGCAAGAAAAAAAAAAAAAAAAAAAA